CAACUAUCGCCGCACGGCUAUCUUCGCAGCAACUAGCAGGUGAAGGAGGAGGAAGAGUAGGAUGUCUCACAGGAAGUUUGAGCACCCCAGACAUGGUUCCCUUGGAUUUCUCCCCAGGAAGCGUGCUGCUCGCCACAGAGGGAAAGUGAAGGCUUUCCCCAAGGAUGACCCAACCAAACCAUGCAAGCUAACCGCUUUCUUGGGCUACAAGGCUGGGAUGACUCACAUUGUCAGAGAUGUCGAGAAGCCUGGAUCAAAGCUUCACAAGAAGGAAACAUGUGAAGCAGUGACCAUCAUCGAGACCCCACCCAUGGUGGUUGUUGGAGUGGUAGCCUAUGUCAAGACGCCACGUGGCCUUCGCUCAUUGAACACUGUUUGGGCUCAACAUCUGAGCGAAGACAUCAAGAGAAGAUUCUACAAAAACUGGUGCAAAUCCAAGAAGAAAGCAUUUGCUAAAUACUCAAAGAAAUUUGAAUCCGACGAGGGCAAAAAGGACAUUCAAUCCCAGCUUGAGAAAAUGAAAAAGUAUGGAACUGUAAUCCGGGUCUUAGCCCACACCCAGAUCAGGAAAAUGAAAGGGUUGAAGCAGAAGAAAGCACACCUUAUGGAGAUUCAAGUGAAUGGAGGAACAAUAGCUCAAAAGGUGGAUUUUGCUUAUGGAUUUUUCGAAAAGCAAAUCCCAAUUGAUGCUGUUUUCCAAAAGGAUGAAAUGAUUGAUAUAAUUGGAGUUACAAAAGGUAAAGGUUAUGAAGGUGUUGUGACUCGUUGGGGUGUGACUAGGCUGCCACGUAAGACUCACAGAGGUCUCCGUAAGGUGGCGUGUAUCGGAGCGUGGCACCCUGCCCGAGUUUCCUUCACGGUUGCCCGAGCCGGGCAGAAUGGGUACCAUCAUCGUACUGAAAUGAACAAGAAGAUUUACAAGCUUGGGAAAACUGGACAAGAGUCGCACACCGCUCUUACUGAGUUUGACAGGACUGAGAAGGAUAUAACUCCAAUGGGUGGGUUCCCUCACUAUGGAGUGGUGAAGGAUGACUAUUUGUUGAUCAAAGGUUGCUGUGUGGGCCCCAAGAAGAGGGUGGUGACACUUCGUCAAUCCUUGUUGGCACAGACGUCCAGGCUGGCGCUUGAGGAGAUUAAGCUCAAGUUUAUUGAUACUUCUUCCAAAUUUGGACAUGGGCGUUUCCAGACUACACAGGAGAAGCUCAAGUUCUAUAACCGCAUGAAGGCUUGAGGGAGAAGGGUAAUUUUGGUAAGUUAUUGUUAGUUAAAGUUUGUUUGAACAAGUUUAUUUUUUACGAGAACAAGUUUUGGUUGGUGUUUUGUUAAAUUGUUAUUCAGCAUGGACGUGUUUUUUGGUAUUAUUUGUCUUGGUUAUCUUUAAUACAGAAA